AUGUCCAACUUACAGGCGGGGCUCUUCUUAGCACAGGGCGGCACGCUGCGUCACACGGUGCGACUGCUGGCAGACACCAGGCUACGGUUCUGCAGUGGAGAUAGCAGUGAAUUCAUACGGCGCCGGUACCAGAACCAUUCAAACAACAUUUACUACCUCUGUCAGAUGGUGGCGGUGCCGGCGGCGAUUGGCUGGGUCGUCUGUCCCGUGCUGUCCCGCGCCGUCACAAAGACCGACAAGGAGCACCUGGAAGCCCCCCGGCAGCUGCCGUUUCCCGUCUGGCUCCCAGUCGACGUCUACGCGUCUCCCACGUACGAGUUCCUGUACGUCGUCCAGUCCUUCUGCUCCCUGGUCACAUCUCUGUCCUGCCUCAGUGUAGACUGCUUCUUUGUUCAUAUGAUGUUGAUGGUGGCAGCCGAGUUGGAAGUUCUGAACUGCAACGUUUCUGCCAUGGAACACACCAAUUCGACGAGAACUAAGAGAGAGCGAUUUUUUUCUGGACAUGAACGAAAUGGCGAACGACUGGCAGUACUUGACAGCGGCCAAGUGGUUGAUCAACAUACAUUGCCAAAGAACACUGCAUACGAGGGUCUUCAUCGACAGUUGCUGAAGAAUGUGCUUCACCAUCAGGCAAUCCUAAGAUCUGUGUCCCUCUUACAGUCAGCAAUGAGUGCGUCCAUAUUCAGUCUUCUGUUCAUCAACAUGGGAACCCUAUGCUCCAGCUUGUUUAUCGCUGCCGUACUGUUGCAGAGAGAUGGAAAUAUAGGAAAAGCGAUGAAUGCACUUUUCUCAAUACCUGAUCUCCUCUACGAAACUACAAUUUUCUGCAUUUAUGCGCACAUCAUGACCGACCAGAGUGAGAGGCUGAUGUACUCCGCCUUCAGCUGCGGCUGGGUCAACAGUGACGCUCGCUUCAAACGCAGCCUGGGCAUCUUCAUGAUGGUGACUGUGCGCCCGAUAGUGAUCAAGGUGGGCAAGACGUGCACACUGUCCAAGCAGAUGCUGAUCCAGGUCUUGAAUGGGGCGUACGGCUUACUGAAUUUGCUCUACUAUCUACAUAGCAGCAACUGAAAAGGCACCAGAGAGGCAGACCUGAAGAACUCAAUGAAUGUGCUACACACUGAAAAACCACCAGAAACAACUGUAGUGUGAAAAUUUAAAUGUUUCCUGUAAAUGUGAAACAAGCCUAUGUUGAUAGUAUACCAGUCAACCUUUGU